AUGGACCUUGCAUUUCCCCACCUGAAUCCAGCAGCGGGGGCAGAGGAGAUCGAGGCAGCAGCACCGGCGGAUGCUGCCAUGCCCCCAGCGCCGACCCUGGGCAGACGACAGAGAGAAGAGCAGGAGACGGAGCUCCCGGACAAGUUUCAGCGCCCAGCGGGCAAAGGUCAGAGUGCCCCGACUGGAAAGAACCCGGAAGCUUCAGGCCCCAGCCAGUCGUCUCAGGGCAAGGAAGCGGGACAGAGCAGUCGCCCCAACCAGCCCCCGUCAGGACGGGCCAAGCAGAACCAGCAAUGGACGAAGAAGGAAUGGGAGGACUGGAAUCGCCAGGGCUACAGCCAGGAGAAGACCAACCAGGAGCUUCAGAAGGAGCUGGAGGUCCUCAAGGAGGAUGUUCGGCUCCUGGCUCGGAUAGCCAUGAGGCACGAGGUUCAGGAGGCCACGAGCUCAGCGGACUCUCUGGAGAAUCUGGCGAAGCUGGGAUAUCUGAGACAGGUGGACGGGAAUCCUGCCUGGACAUAUCUUCAAUGGAGCCACGAGAAAGGAGAGCUGGAGCAGAUGGACAAAGCUCCCCUACCCGACCAGGAACUCCG